AUGUAUCUGUGAGCCUGUUGUCCUUGCUGGUGACCACCUGUGGUCUGGCUCUCUUCAGCGUCUCAGUCUUUGUGUCAUGGAAGUUGUGCUGGGUGCCACUGAGUGGCCGCUUUCUCCCAGAUGUCCUCAAGGGGGCUCACUUCCUGGGAGGAGACCAACAACCAGUCCUAACAGAGGUGGAUGGAGAUGAAAGGGAGUACAGUGAAGAUGGUUGUGUGAAGGAGCCCAUUGGGCCACCCCCAUCUAUUGCUGUACCAGAGUCGGCCCUGAAGAUUAGCCACACAUCGCCUGAUAUCCCGCUGGAGGCUCAGGCCAAGUUGGAGAUAAACCAGAGCCACACUCUGGCCAGGGACAGGGUUCAAAGGCAAAUUACUGAGCCCACCUCCUCUGUACGGCACAACUCCCUUCGUCGUCAGUUGAACUUGUCGAAUCCAGACUUCAAUCCUGCUCAGUUCCAGCGUCAGGAGUCUCUCUCUGGUUUGGGCAGAAUCAAACCAGAACUCUACAAGCAGCGCUCUGUGGAUGCUGAAGACGGUCAUCACUCUGACAGCUGUGGGCGUCUGCACUUUGUCCUGAAGUUUGACUUUGACUUGGAACAACUGAUAGUGAAAAUCCACAAGGCCCAGGACCUCCCAGCCAAGGACUUUACAGGAACCUCAGAUCCAUAUGUUAAGAUCUACUUGUUGCCAGACCGCAAAAAUAAACACCAGACAAAGGUGCACCGCAAGACACUCCACCCAGUGUUUGAUGAGGUGUUUCUCUUUCCUGUGGAGUAUGCUGAGCUGUCUAGCCGCAAACUGCAUUUUAGCAUAUAUGACUUUGACAGGUUCUCUCGCCAUGAUUUGAUUGGCCAAGUGGUGGUGGACAACUUCCUGGAUCUUGCCGACUUUCCCCGGGAGACAAAACUGUGCCGGGAUAUACAGUAUGUAACCUUG